CAGUUUCUUACCCACUGACACUGACAGACAAGGAAAUUAAACCACGAAAGAAACGUAAACGAUACGCAACGCAGAAAAACUAUUAAUUCUAAUACAAAAUGUUUGUUUUAAAUGAGUUUUUGGGUUUAUCUUUAGUGUGUUUAUUAUUCAUUUUGUCGUCAGUUUGUUCGGAGGAUGUGUGUGUAAAAAGGACUCCUUGUACGUGCGUUUUUCCCAAUGGCACCGGUGUGGAUCUUAGGCCAGUGGCUGGUUCUACUUUUUAUUCAGCCGUUUAUUACAUGGAGAAAAACAAAAAUACGCCACUUUCGGAGUAUUCAUUUUUCACCUACUACUUUCAUCCUUGCUCUGAUCUUCUUACCAACCGCACAAACUUGCCAGACGACACCUGUAACAUGCCUUUGUCCCUGUAUCGAGUCAAUUCUCUUAUGACAAAGGAUAAUGGCACCAAAGAUAAGUACACACUGAAAGAAACUGUUUGUAAUUACCUGGGAAAAUCUGAUAUGAUGCUCUUUAAAGAAGACGGAAGAUCUUUAAUCUAUGAAAAUCUUCCUUCUAACACCACAGUACAAUUAAGCUGUGCACAGGGAGGAGUUGAUCAACUCCAUGUGACUUCUAUUGAAGAUCCAGCUAAUAUUCAACUUACAUUUUUUUCAAGUCAUUCAUGUUUGACGCAAAUUGAAGAGCCGGGUCGUUCAUUUGGUUCCACACUGCUUAUAAUAUUCUUUUCAUUUGUCGUAUUCUACCUCGUUCUCGGAGUUUGUACAAAGAAAUUCCUAAUGGGAGCAACAGGAUUGGAAGUCAUACCUAAUUUAGGAUUUUGGACUGAACUACCUAAUCUAGUCAAAGAUGGGUGGGCGUUCGCAAUUAACGGCUUCAAGCUGCCCUCUCGAGGCGUUGGUCCCGCCGCCGUAUCCGACCCGAACAGCUACGACAGCAUAUAACAUAGUCCCGCCGACGACCUCCCGCCAGGUCAGUUGCUGCUGCUCGAAUAAUGUGUUGCCCACACUCACAUUAUAACGGUGAUAAUGGUGAAUCUUAACUAUAUGUGUCCACAUAUACUAUUGUAACACUCGUAAACAUACGGCCACGUUUGCUGUAAUGACACUCAUAAACACGCUGCACUUAUAUGUAAUGGUGAAUCUUGAUAUUUAUAAUGUAUCCCGUUCUCAUGUCAAGAAUUAGCGAUAGUUUGUCAAAUAUGUCGACUUAAAAAAAUUGCCCUUGUUUAGCAAUAUACGAGUAGGUAAUUGUCGUUGAAGUAAGAUACGGGCUGCCUGUCAUUUUUAUAAGUAUUUCCGAAAAUAAAUCUCAAAACUGUCACUUAUCACCUGUCCUUAGGGCAGUGACAUGUCGACUUGUUGAAAUAUAGUUCUGAUGUGAGCAAGUGAAUGUUUCACUCAUUGGCCUAGCUAGGGAUUUUUACAAGGCAGCUGCCCAUGUGAACAUUCAAUCUUUUAAACUGUAGUUUUUCAACACUCGAAUAUUUAGGUGGGCAGAGAUUUCAAGAGUGGGCAUUAAGCCCACCCUUGCUCCCCCCUAGCUACACUCAUGGUUUCACUUGGUCAAUAUAAAUGGAUAAUUCAUAUUCUCAACAUGAUAUAGAUGAUACUAUGAUGAUGAGAUGAUGAUGACAUAGAUGUACAUAACAUCUACAUGUAUCGGUAAUUUCGAAUUAUUCGAAAGUUAUUUCUGAUGUUUUGUAUGUGUGUAACGUAGACUUAUAUAACUAUUUAAAGAUAUAAUUGAAUUUAAUACAUUACUGAAUAUAUUAAUUAAAGUAAGAGUGUUGACGAGACACAUUAUGUAAUCAACCAAUACGAUGUGAGUGUUAACAACCUUUGGUGAUUGAGCGGCUUUGAACUGGUAGUGAUUAUAGACCUUAAGCCCUUUAUUAAUAAUCAAAGAAUGAACUUGAAUUAGUAAUACCAUGUUUUGUCUCUGUUCAUUAAAUGAAAAAUAUCACUUGAGUGAUAUGAACAAAACACGGAGUAACUAGUCUAAGCUAAUUCUUCGUUUAUUAAUAAGGGGCUAUAGUCUAUUCAGUUUGGCCUGAGACAAAAUGUAAACAAAGAAUCU